AUGGACGUCACAGAUGAGUCGCCUAUCAUAAAAAAUCCAAGUGGAAAAGUAAGCGUUUGUAUUAUUAUUUUUCUAAUGCAAAAUUUUAAUUUUAAAAUAUCAUUUUUUUCUUUAGUAUAUUGGCUCUGGUCAAAGGAAAGUGGUCGUUAAUCUGUACAACGCUUUAGUUAAAAGACAGCUUGAAAAUCCAGACAGCCCCCGGUUGACCUUCAGACAAACGAUCGUCGAAAUUUCAAAAACUACGGGUCUCGGACCACGUACAGUACAAACAACGUUGUCGGAAUAUAAAAAUCAAGGUACAGUUUCGUCACCUAACAAGAAGAGAAAAACACCUGCAAUAGUUGAUAAAAUUGACGAAUUUGAUAAAAAUGCAAUUCGGCAAUUAAUACACAAUUUUUGGAGGAGACGUGAAGUGCCAACAAUUACGAAAAUUCUAACAGCCAUUAACGAGGAUGAAACAUUGCCGAAUUUUAAACGUAC